AUGAUAGUUAAUUUGAGUGCUGGUCAAUUAGCAGCGCUAAUUGGUCUUAUCGGCACUUUGCUACCAAUAAUUAUUGGUGCGAUAGGAGUCACAGUGAUAGUGAGCAAUAUUAGUGAUAAAAUGACAGCCUUAGAAUGGACAACUUUAAGUAAAGCAACUCAGCGUAGUCUGCUUGAUUUUUAUGGGGCAGAUGGUCAACCGGCAUUAACAGGAAUUAAGUUAUGGGAUGUCGGAUCGCGCAAAUGUAACAUUAUUUAUUUACUUAUUGGAAUAUGUCCGGUAGUGUUGUAUGGUGUAUCAGCUAUUGCACCGCUUGGUAUUCAGACUUGUACAGUAGUAUAUAACGCGUCUGUUGAUAUGGAGAUUGUCGAUCAGGAUUUACUUAGUCGUGCGGUUAAUAACACGUUCUCUCUGGAUCAAUUAUCGCAGAUUAGAAUAUGUGGUGGUUUGGAAUGGGUACCAUGUCCGGGAAUGAAAGAUCGAUUACAUGUUGAUGAGUCAUAUGCAGUUGACUUUAACAAAACAUACAGUAACAAUGCAAUGAGGUACCGUCUAUUGAAGACUAGUAGCAAUGAUAAUAUUUCAUAUCCUAGCUACGACUUUAUGAUGGGUGUUGUUACAAGUACACAAACGGGUUAUAACAUUAUUGACAGGAUGAUUGUAGAUCAUGAUAAUGGUGGGCUCUUGAUGAAUCAAGCGAUUCAACCUAGAGACAAAGUGGGCAACAAAUUCAACUGGGCGAUUGAAGGCAUGUGGCUACAACCGUAUGUCAGUUGUCAAUCAACUAACCUUACACAGAUCGCAUGGGAUAAUAAAACGAUGAAUGCACUAUUUUCUAACUGGAUAGCAAAAAUGGUUAUUAACAAUACCGACUUACGACCACCAAAUAUACACCCGCUUGGUGAUCAAGGACAAAAAAUCGAUCUCUCAUCAAGAAGUAUCAAGUACAGUCAGUUGAUACAAUCAAGUAUUACAGAACAAAUGAAUAUGACAACCAAUGGAAAUUUUCUUGAGUCUUCAGUGUAUAACCUCAACUUCACCACCGAGGCGCCAAAGACUAUCCAGACUUUCCUACUCGACAAUUUCCUCGGACUCAAUUUCAAUUCAUCACUUGGAUCUAAUCUGGAAAUUAGAUGUGAAGGGUUCGGCGGUAAAGACAAUGUUGCAGAUAAUAUUGUUGGCGUCAAAUGCUGGGCAUUAUUUGGACCACCCAAAAUUACUGAAAGAGGAAUCGAACAAAUCUUGUACACCUGCGCUAGCGCAGUUGAAGCUAGCGUAAAGGUUAUUGAGUUACAAUCUGAUGAUCAAAAGCAAAUUAGUGUAUUGAAUACACAAACCAUUCCGGCCCAAUGGUAUAUUGAAAAGGCUAAUCUUAAGAUUUCUGAUAUGAAUCCUUGGUGGGGAGGAGUCAAAUCCGGAGAAAACAUUCCUAACAACAGCAUAUUAGUAAGCAAUAAUAGUCUUUGGUUACCAGCAGGAGGGUCCUUCAUUUGGGGUACCUCUGCUGAUGCACAAACUGUUGACGUCCCUGGUAUAGCGUUGAAGAUAAUAUUAGAUGUUAAUGGUGAGGAUAUCAGCCGUGGUUAUCGUGGAGACGGUAUCGGAAACCUGGCUCUGCUACAACAAUGGAAAGAGGAGGGAAUAAGCGAAGAAGGCAUAAGUCGUAUGUUCCAACGCCAGUGGACUGAUAUCGUUAUUAAUAUGGUAUCCCCUACUAGCGAAGCUAAGGUCACUGCCAUCAUCGGACUCAUAAUUAUACUAUGUGUAGCACUUACUAAUCAUACGAAUUCGUUAACUAGAGUUAAACAGAUUGUUCGGCAAAUGGAUCUUGGUAGAGCAAUACUGAAUAUGCAAAACACUGCAGAUGCAAGCACAAGCGACUCAUCAGAGUGGGAAAAAACCGAUGGUAAAAAAUUAUUAGUGAUGGGAAUGACAAGGUUUUAUUUAGACUCUUAA